AUGUCUGAGCAAGACAUUCACCCAAAUAGAUUCGGGGAACUUCGAAGUACUUAUAAAUACUACAUCGAUUCAUAUAAUGCAUUGUAUCAGCUGAAAACGGAAAAAGAAGAAGAAUUAAUCUCAAUUUACGAAAUGAUCAAAACAAACUUGAUUGAUUCAAAGAAAGUUCUUCCCAAAAAUAUUAUGGGAGAUAUUUUGAAAAUCAUUCCGUAUAAUAAUCGUUAUACAAAGUCAUAUUUAUCUCUUGCCAAACGUAUAUCUGACGAUUAUCAAGUCAAAGAUGUCAAACGCAGUUCAAUCAUUUCUAAUUUCUUGUUUUAUAAAGAAUAUGGUAUUAAAUUAGGCAAAUCUGAUGAAUUCGAAAAAAUUAAAUCACAAAAUUUCGAAAUUCAUUCAGAAGAUACAAUUUACAGAGCAAUAAUGUAUAAUGACAAAGAAAGAUUCAUCGCAUUCACGGAAAGAAAUGGAUUUAAUGAAGAUCAAAAACUUAAAAGCGAUUUAUAUCCAGAUGCAUAUUCUAAAGAAGGAUAUUCAUUGCUUGAAUUAUGUUGUUACCACGGAGCAAUUGAUUGUUUCAAGUUCUUAAGAACGAAAUUCAACUCAAAAAUAACUGAACGUUGUCUACAUUUCUCAUUUUUAGGUGGAAAUCCAGAGAUCAUGAGUGAAUGUUUGAAAUACAGAAGACCAUAUAAUAAAUGUAUGGAAUAUGCAAUUAUUUCAAACAACAUUGAUUUUGUUACAUUUUUGAUGAAUGAGUACGAUAUAGAGAUGUAUUUGGGUAAUUGUGUCAAAUUUAAUAAUCUUGAAUCAUUUUUAGUUAUUACUUCAUUAAAUUUUAAUAUCCCAUCUCUUUGUGAAUAUUUUCUAUCAAACGGUGCAGAUGUCAAUGAAAAAUCACAGGAUGGAUUCGAUAGUGCACCUAUUCAUUAUGCAGUAUGGAAUAAUAGUAUAGAAGAAGCUGAAAUUCUUAUUUCACAUAGUGCAAAUAUCAAUGAAAAGAAUGAUGAUGGAAAUACAGCUCUUCAUAUUGCAGUAGAAGAAAAUUGUAAAGAAAUAAUCAAUGUUCUUAUUUCACAUGGUGCAAAUAUCAAUGAAAAAAAUAAUGUUGGAGAAACUGCCCUUCAUUAUGCAGCACGUAGAAAUAAUAAAGAAAUAAUCGAAUUUCUUAUUUCACAAGGUGCAAACAUCAAUGAAAAAACGAGGAUGGAGGUACCGCUCUUCAUACUGCCGCAUUUUAUAACAGUAAAGAAGCAGCUGAAUUUCUUAUUUCACAUGGCGCAAAUAUCAAUGAAAAAAAUAAAUAUGGGAAAACCGCUCUAUAUAAGGCUGUAUUUAGUAAUAGUAUAG